AUGGCACUGCCAUUUCCGCAAGCCAGCAUAAAGCUCGACUAUCCGCUGUACGCAGUCGGCUUUGAUCCUCAAGAUGCGAACCGCUUAGUUGUUGGCGGAGGUGGCGGCGCUGGGCGCUCUGGCGUGGCCAACAAGAUUUCCGUCGUUGAAACCGUCGACCAGGGCGAACUGCGCGUAGCUGGCGACAUUGCCCUUUCCCGCGACGAGGACUCCGUCAUGUCGCUCGCCGUUGCCGACAGCGCAAACGACCAGCUGUCCUAUGUCUACGCCGGCGUCAACUCGAGCCCCAAGGAGAUGUCCAAGGGCAAAAACAACCACCUCCGAACGUUUUCCGUCGAGCAAACCAAGUCGCGAGCCGCCGGUGCUAAGAACCCCGAUGUACAGGUCGCAGAGGUGUCUCGAAGCGCCUUGUUCGCGAAUCCGGAUGCCGACACUUACCAGCCCGUACUGCGCAUCUCUGGAUCCAUUGGCGCCGCCGCCACGCGCAUGUGCAAGGAACCUCAGCUCGCCAUUUUUGAUGCCUCGGGGCCGAAGCCCAAGUCCAAGGGUGUCUUGAGACUGGACAAGGAUGCAGAGGAUCUGGAUAUUAUCCAAUGCGAUGAUGGAGAAUACUUGCUGGCCUACUGCCACAAAUACGAGCUAUACCUGGUCAAGAUUGGCAAGAAGAACAGUGAUCCAGAGCUCAUUUUCACAAUGACAGAGGAUCAUGGCGAGCUGGCUGCGUUUCGCUCGAUUCGAUUCGUGACACCCAGCUUUAUCCUUGCCGCUGCCAAUCUGCCAAAGUCGAGCGGCGUCAUCCUCCAGGGCUUCCGAUUGCCGACCCCAAGCCACGACAAAGCGCGGAUAUCUGCGACAGUGCGUAUCCCCAAGAAUAUAUCUGCGACCGCCCUCGCUAUUGCAAAUGCAUCGCCGCCUCCGUCUCCGUCGGCUCCCGUGGGCAAUACGCAGUUUGUCAUUGCGGUAGCCGGCAACGACUCCUCGAUUUACUUUUAUAGCAUGGACCACAAAGCUCUUGCCUCUAUAGAGCUUCUCUCCAACCUGAAUCCUCUCUAUACACUCAAAGACACUCACAAAGGCGAUAAUAUCACCGGUCUGGCGUUUUCGAACUUCAUCCCUCCCAAGCAACACCUCACCCAGCAGUUCCUCAAGCUGGCAAGCAUCACUCUGCAGAGUGGCGUCACUGUUCACAGCAUCGCUUUGAAGCGACACAUUGACGUAUCCCCUGGAAAGCCGGUCGAUGAGACGGCAGCUCGAUAUGUCACCGCCCUACGUGCCAAGGCACCUUCCAGACGACCAGUCGUCAUCACCCUUUCCAUCAUUAUCCUCAUCAUGGCCGUCAUCGGACAGGGUAUCAUGGAAAUGUAUGGCAUGAGCAAGCCCAUUAUCAAUGCGCAGAAGUUCCUCCCGUCCUGGCAUGGCACCUUGCGCGACCCGGCUCAUCCACCGGCUUUUUUCAACAAGGACUUUCUCAUCUCAAAGCUAGCAGGUAGCGGCGUCAACACUGCCGAGACUCUCGUUAUGUGGGAAGCAGACCAUCCUGUUGUAGAUGCUGAGGACAGCCCUGGCGGCAAGAAGAUUGCCUUGGAUGUCCACGAUGAAGAGGUUCAUGGGCCCGCCAAGACAUGGGAAGAGUUACCUGCCGCGCAGAAGAAUGCCUGGAAGCAGAAGCUACAGUCGGCAGGUGCGUGGACUCAAAAUAUGGGCGAGAGUGUGUUCAGGGGUAUCUUGUUUGGUGAGCUUGCAGGUGCUGUUGGCCAUGCUGUAGCGGAAGGGCUGGCUUAA